AGCUCAGAGUUGCGCAUGCGCAGUGCGUCUGUUCCGCAUUGGGUUCCAUCACGCUUCCUCAUUGACAGCGCCUAAAGGAAGAAAACAGCGAUCCUGCGCGUUUUUUGCACUCUAUCAGUAUUUAUACCGACUUUAUAUUUUGGUAACAUCUUAAAAACUAGAAAGUCUUUUUUACACGACUUUAUAAAGUUCAGAAAUGUCAAAGCCUCCACCCAAACCAGCAAAACCAGGUCAGGUUAAAGUGUACAGGGCUUUAUUCACCUUCGAUCCAAGAACGCCAGAUGAGCUGUACUUUGAGGAAGGAGAUAUUUUAUACAUCUCAGAUACGAGUGACAGUAACUGGUGGAAGGGGACGUGCCGGGGAAGGAAUGGUCUUAUUCCCAGUAAUUACGUUGCUGAACAAGCAGAAUCCAUAGACAACCCCAUGCAUGAGGCAGCUAAGCGAGGUAACUUGAGCUGGCUAAGAGAGUGUUUGGAUAACAAGGUAGGAAUUAAUGGACUGGACAAAGCCGGAAACACAGCUCUCUACUGGGCCUGCCACGGAGGACACAAAGAUGUGGUGGAGAUUUUGCUAAGUCAGCCAAACUGUGAGCUUAAUCAGCAGAAUAAGCUGGGAGACACGGCUCUACACGCAGGUGCCUGGAAAGGUUACGCAGACAUAGUUGAGAUGUUGCUCAAUAAAGAUGCCAGGACAGAUAUUUUGAAUAAUGAGAAGAAGACCGCUCUGGAUAUGGCCACCAAUGCUCAGUGUGCCUCACUACUAAAGAGGAAAGUAGGAGGAGUAAUUCUGAGGACUCAAAGUAACGCUGAGGAAUAUCUCGAUGAUGACGACUCGGACUAAAGCAACAGCCGCGUCAUUGAAGUCCAUUCAUUCCUACAUCUGUAACACCAAACAUCACAAUCUGUAUAUAGAUGAGAUUAAUUUCUCUGAAUAUGAGAGCCGGUCACUAUUGACUGAUUGUCUAAAGCUUUGAAAAUUUCUGCUUUUUCAUUCCAGUUCAUUGUAAAAGUAUUGCAAGAUUUGCUAAUGAUUGGCAAUGAGAAGUUGCCUCGCUCUGAACUGUAUUUAUUCUCUUAAAACGGUUUUAUUUUCAUUUUAAGUGCCUUUUUUAUAUAGGGAGCUUUUUCUUCAGUUAGUUUUAUGCGUGUGCGUGUGUGUAUGCGUGUGUAUCAUGAAUGCUUUCUGAAUUACAUGUAAAUCUAACAUGUUAAAACUAUGCAAAUAAAUCCAUUGGCUUUCCUUGCA